GUAUAUGGUUAGAAAUGUGAAGGACACAGAUGAAGUAAAUUAUAGAAUACUAGACGGCUUCAGAUGUCUCUGACAUUUUAAGUAGGGUAAGUGGCUUGAAUAAGUGGAGAAACAUAUACUGGUCUGGGAUGGAGAUGACCCAACUGGAAUGGUCAGCCCUGCCCGCGUUAAUUUAUUAAGCACGACUCUAAUAAAAAUACCAGAAGAGUUGUCUUUUGAGAUUUGACAAUGUGAUUGUAACAUUGGAACGUGGAAGAGCAAAUAGGCAAGGAUUCUAACAGUAAAACAAAAGUGAUGGAGACCAACGUUACCUAGAUAGCGUAUUACAAAUUUAUAGUUACCAGAUCAGUGUGAUACUAGCACAGGAUUGGACAUGAAUCAGUGACACGAGGCCCUAGAACAGACCCUGGUGUAUAUUAUAAUUUAAGAUCUGUUAAUGGAAAUCUGAUAAAUUAGUUGGGGAAGGUGAAGCAAUCAGAUAGCUGGUUGGAAUUUAUUUUGGUGAGCUCUGUAAAGAAGUAAACGGAUUCUUUUCCCCAGAAGAAUCAGAGUUGAAUGUAAAAAGUGAAACCAUUAAAAACAUAUGCACAAACACCCAAAGAAAUAGUGUGUUCAGAAAUAGCCCCAAGUACAUAUGUGGGAAUGAGGUGUAUGAUGAAAAUGGUAUUAAAAAAAAAUUUUUUUUAGAGCGAGAGAGCAUGAGUGUGCACAUGAGCAGGGGAGGAGUAGAGGGAGAGAGAGUCCCAAGCAGACUCCACACUCAGUGUGGAUCCCGACAUGGGUCUCAAAUUCACGAACCAUGAGAUCGUGACCUGAGCUGAAAUCAAGAGUCACAUGCUUAAGCAUCUGAGCCACCCAGGUGUCCCUGAAGAGGGCAUUUUAAUCCAACAGGGAGGGGCGCCUGGGUGGCUCAGUCGGCUAAGCGUCUGACUUGGGCUCAGGUCACGAUCUCACAGUUUGUGAGUUCGAGCCCUGUGUCGGGCUCUGUGCUGACAGCUCAGAGCCUAAAGUCUGCUUCAGAUUCUGUCUCCCUGUCUCUCUGCCCCUUCCCGGCUUGUGUGCGCACGCUCUCUUUCUCUCAAAAAUAAACAAACGUUAAGAAUAUAUAUAAAACUAUAUUGACACAAUAAGAUGUCUAUAACAUAAAUGAUAAAUGAAUUAUAAAACAGUAUUAUCCAACAUUUAAAUAUUACGUUUAUUCAUAUAUAUGAAAAUAUGUGUAUUACAAGGACUUAAGGGUCAACUACGAAGUUGGGGAUAAUAGUUCACAAGACUGCCCUCGCUUCUCACACCAAUUAUAAGUUGGAGGAGUUCCCGGAAACCAUCUUCAGGUUGAAUAAUUCUAUAGAAGGACUCCCAGAACUCACUGAAAACCGUUCCACUCUUCAUUACGGUGUAUUACAGGGAAAAGCUUCUAAUUGAGUUAGCCAAGGGAAGGAAGGGGUGCACAGGGCAGAGUCGAAGAAGUGUUCAAAGGUGGUGCCCUUGGUUGUCCUCUUCUGGUGGCGUGACCUCCUUCCCACCACAGUGUGUGACAUUGCACGCAGAGAGCACUGCCAGGCAGGGAAGCUCACCUGAGUCGCUGGCGGUCGCAGUUUUACUUGAUGACAUUCUGCCUGUGUGGCCACUUUCUGGUCUCCAGCCCCUCCUGGAGAUCUAGCUGAUGCCUUUAGUUAUCAGUUCCUCUGGAGAUUGGAACUGAUACUGUUUGGUCCAGAGCGCUAGAGUGAAUCAGACUGUGUGAGAUUCUCCUCUGACCAACGCCCCCAGGCAAACAAAGACACUACUAUCAGGCAGGACAUUCCAGGGGCGUAGAGGUCACUUCCUAGGAGCUUGAGGGCAAAGGCCAGACUUCUCUUUGGAUAGGUUAUUUCUUCACUACACAAUAUUACCACCAAAAUUUAGACGACAGUUAUUUCUAGGUGGUGGAAUUGCAGGUGACUUUGCUUUUGUUUUGUACUGUUUUGUAUUGUUUGAAUUUUCUUUGAGUGUGGGUGUAUAAUUUAUUUUAAAAUCAGUAAGACUAAAGAAGCUAAAAAAGAGAUUAAAGGAAACAAUCUCUGGAUAGGGUAGACGGGCAGGCAGGGAAGCUAAAAGAAGUUUUAAAGGAAGACCGGUAGAUAGGACUACACAAAUGAAUAACCUGCUUAUUUGAAGAUAUGCUAUAUAAAGAAGUAAAACUCCAAAACUUAAGGUAUAACGUUUGCGGAAACAUCACAAAUCAAUGUUAUGGUGUUACCAACAUAAAAUAGCAAGAGAAAGACGAUGGACAUUUCAACAGGUGGCGAAAACGGAGUAAGAUUUGUAGUCUCGGUAACACUGAUAUGCCAAAGUCAGUUUCCCGGUGGUGAGAUUGUGUCCCAGCCGCAGAGGAUGCCACCCCUGGGGAAAGCUGGGUGAAAUAUCCAGGGGACUCUUUGUGCUAGUUUUUGUAACUUCCUGUGAGUCUAUAAUUAUUUCAAAAUAAAAAGUUUUUUAAAAGGUGAAGGGCACAGACAGCUCCUACAGUAUAAGAGACACAUGACUAAUGCACAGAUUUUUUUUUUUUUAAGUAUUAAAGUUUAUUAACAAAUGGUGCAAAUUGAAGUGAUACACCACUUUAUCUUGUUCUAAGUCUGGCCCUGUACCUGGUCCAGAGGAAUCAGAACACCCUGGGAUCUGGAUCUAAGUUUAGUCUCUUGGCAAAUAAACAUACGAAUCUGGCUUUAAAUUUUUUAAAAAUGUUUUAACAUUUAUUUAUCUUUGAGAGAUGGAGCAUGAGUGGGGGAGGGACAGAGAGAGAAGGAGACACCAAAUCCAAAGCAGGCUCUAGGCUCUGAGCUGCCAGCACAAAGUCCAGCGUGGGGCUCAAACCCACAAACCGUGAAAUCACGACCUGAGCCGAAGUCAGAUGCUCAACUGACUGAGCCACCAGGUGCCCCAUGAAUCUGGCUUUAAGUGAUGCCCUGCCCAGCAUCCCUGCUCCUCCUGCCUGAAAGUCCAGUUAUGUCUACAAUCUGACGGGCAACAACAGGUUUAAAAACCCAGCGACAUGGCCCGGAACUGACUGCUGUGCAGCAACGUGCCCCAGCAUUGGCUGCUACUUCCUCUGCCCUUUCGUGCCUGCCUGUAAUCCUCCCUGUGAGGUGGACACCGUCACCAUUUUAGAGAAGGUGGAGCUUGGACGGCUCAUGUGACUUGUCCAGAAGUGGAAACUACUCUCCUUGCCUUGUUGGCUUGGAAAUGGUAUAAGCUCGGCGGUGUGUGUCCCCUGGUGGAAGGCCAGGACACAGGAAGGAGUGCUCCCAACAAGGACACAGGUCACCAGCAUUUACAGACGGGGUGAAGAAGUCACCACUGCAGCUACUCUGAUUUUGCCUGGUUUCACCUCCUUCAACUGGCUUUAAUUUUUGAUGGUCAUGGAAAUGAUUACUCCCUGCUUUUUUACACAAAACCAAUACAAGCCCUCACAAGGAUGUGACCACAAGCAUGUCAUGCAUGAGGGCAGAUGCACCCGUAUACACAGUGUGCUCUCUCUCACAACCACACACACACCUCACACACCACAUACGCCAGCAUACACACACACACACACACACACACACACACACACACACUCGCUCACCUUGUCAGUAGGACAAGACCUGAGACAAGGACCUCAGGAGUCCAUAUUCCAGCUUUCCCUCCGUUGCCCUCAGAGUCCGCUUCUCCAACAGGACUUUCUUUGAAUGUAAAAAAUAAAAUAGACACCAAGCGAGCCACGAGGAGGAUGAAUUGCUGGUGUAGGAGAGAGGACCCAUGUUUAGGCGUGAGAGCAGGGCCUGGCAACCUCACUGAGCUGCCUUUGGGAGGAGGCUCUGCUUGGGCCGGAGGCCCAGGGCGGAGGCCCGCAGUUGGGCGAGUCCGUUAGACACAAUGCCCUCCUCCUGCGGUGCCUGUCGCUGUGCCUGCUCCCCACGCCUUGGCUCCUCAAUGAACCUUUGUCUGUCGGGAGCCUGUUAGUUUUGGCUCCUGGCAGCCUGUGGAACCAGGCCCAGAUCCUAGGAAAGCCAAUAGAGACCGCUCUUUUGAAGAAAAAGAGUCAGAGUCCUGGAAGAGAGACCGGUCUGAGCAUUGCGCAUCUACUCACUCAUUAAAGAAACCACUUAAUGAGCAUUAUCCUCAUAUUUGAGUCUAGUUCACAAAAUUGACUUGCACCAAAUCUUCUAUCUGCUCAUGUGAUUAAUUGCCUUCCCUGAUUAACUAGAAACCCUAUAAGUCUUUCACCGUACCUGGUCUCUUUGCCUUAUUUAUUUUGAAAAAAAAAAAAAGUAAUAAUAAAUAUAUAUAUAUUCUUGUAUUUAAGCAGUAUAAACUAGUAAACAGUGAAAACGAGGUUGCCAACUGAACCCGUUAACUCUCCAGUUGAGCCCUCUAAAGGGAAAUCACUGUUUCACUGUUACUUGUUUCUUGUGUGUCUUUCUGAGAUUGACAGUCUGUCUCCUCUCCCCCCUCCCGCAUCUCUCUGUUAUAAAAACACAUGGUCGCCACGCUGUCCAUCUUGCACCUUAGUUUUCUUCUCACUUAAUACAGCUUGUAGACCUUGCCUGUCAAUCAGCGCAUAAAAUGUGGGUUUGUGUUUUUUUUAAGUGCCCCAUAGUGUCCCUCUGUGUGCAUCCAGCAGUCGCUAAAGCAGGUCCCUUUGAUGAAUGUGUAGGUCGUUUCCAGCCUUUUUCUGCCACAUCAGCACUGCUGUUUGAUGUCUUUCCAUGUGUGUCCUUGUACACGUGUGCACUUGAGUCUGCAGAAUCCAUUCCUGACGGUGGACUUGUGGGCCAAAGUAGUGUGCAUUGGAAGUGUCAAUGGACAGUUGUCCGCUUGCCCCCCCAGCAAAGUUCACAUUGUUUUUGCCCAUCGUUGUGUCCGCAGCGCCAGCUGAACGAUCGGACCCCUCUCCCCUGCCAGAGUGCUGAACUGUUUGGGAAGUAAAGCAGUUGGCCAAAGCAGCACUAGUCACGACAGCCGAAAGGUGAAACAGCAAACAAAGGGGGUCUGUCCAUCCAGCAGAGUGCGAUUCGGCCGUGGAAAAGAAUGAAACACUAGCACGUGGUACAACGCGGAUGACCCUUGAAACCGGGGUGCUUAGGGAAGGAAGCCACACACAAAUGGCCUCAGAAAGUAGAUGAGUGGUUGCCAGGGCAAGGGGAGGAGGACAUGGGGAGUGACUGCUCCACGGGUACAGGGUUUCCUUUUGGGGCGAUGAAAACCGUUCCGAAACUAGGUGGCAGUAAUGGGUGCACAGCAUUGUGGAUGUGCUUAAUGCUACUGAAUUGUACGCUGUAAGCAAAUGGUUAAAAUGGUCAAUUUUAUGCUAGAUGUGCUUUACCGCAAUAAAAAAGUCAAUAGAUAGCAGCCAGAAUAUUACUUUUAUUGUUGAUCAAACUGAGCGUAUGGCUUACAAGUGAGCCCCAGACUGCCUUUCCAGGUGGUCCUGGGCCUAGGACAGGCCCCAGCCCCGCCCUGGGCUCUGGAGGAGCAGAGCAGGAUGAAUGGCAGCUUGCUCCCAAGAGGAGGGGAGGGGCCUGGACCACCCACUCCAGUUCCUCGUUCUCCGCUCACUGCGCUCACUGCCGACACACACACACGUCACAUAGCCGGGUGGGAGUGAGGGGGAGGCAGGCCUAGCGCCGUUUUGCUAGUGAGCAUCCAAGAAGCAUUUCUAGGAAUGGCAAAGAAGUGUUGGCCCCACAACAGGCAAGUAUGUUCAGUGAACAAACGCAUGGGCCCCACUCCUCUUCUGGGGCCUGUAGUGACAGGCCCUGGAGCCCUCUGCCUGCUUUCUUUUGGAGAGAAUGGGCCAACCGGGCGUUAGAAGUUAAUCCUACCUGGGAUGGACAGAAUCCAAAAAUCCCCUCCUGGUCCCGUCCACCCCUGUUCUUUAUUUCAGCUCCUGUUUGUGCAAAGCUUCCAUUCCAAAGCGGUCUCUUGCCAGACCGCUGAAGAAUUCAGAGUUUGCUAGUCCAUCCAACAGCAGUUUUGAGGGAGACCUUUGUCGUACUCUGAAUUUCCUGGUCCGGGUCGUGAACCUGUCUUCUAGGAGAGUGGCCCGCGGCAGGGCCAUGUGAAGAUUUUUCAUUAUGGAAAGAAAGGGUUCGUACUCGUUUAGCGGCUCCGUGUUUACAAGCGCCUCCCAUGUACCAGGCACUGUGCUGGAAUGAGUCAGCCGUAGACCUUGGCCUUCUCAUAGUUUGGGGAGAGUCUGGGGUCACUGUUCCAACAGGGAGGCCCAUGGGGCACGUAGGAGGGCAGUUUGGGGAGGUUAGGCCAGAAGAGGGCUUUGGCAAACAUAGAAGCUGUAGUCUCAGAAAUCUUUGUAAUGUGUUUCUGGCUACACUUUAAAAGGAGGAAUGUGGCAUAAUCCUGAGUUAGACCAAGAAGUACCCCUGUCAGCCAUGUCUGGAAGAGGAGUUCAGCUGGGGCAGGGUUGGGGGGACCAGAAGCCCGACUACAGAUGCUUUGGGGGCUACUGUCGUAGGGAGCUCUCCAGGGAGCUGCAAGUUCCCGUUUACAAGUGUUUAGAGCAGCCUUUCCUUGUACGUCCCCCAGGAAAUGAGACUUUGGGUACCCCCCACGGAAAGAGCCCCAGGUUUGGUCUGUGGACGUCUACAUAAGGAAUGUCUCCUCUUCUCCCCUUGAAGAUUGACAGGGACCUCAGAGCACCAAAGGCAGUGAGGAGAUUUACAGAAAUUAUGCCCAUAUUUUCCUAAAAACGUGUCUAUGGAAUCCUUUUUUCUCUGUAGUACCUUGAUGCAUAGAGCCGUGCGUGUUCCUUCUUAAGAUCUUGUCUUGCAAUUUGUGUGGGCAAAGAGUGGUCAGUCACCGUGAAAACCAUCCUUGCAGCUCUUUCACUGUCUCUACGUCUGGCGGUGGUUUAAGUUUUGGUUUUGGACUCACUUCUUUGUGUUGGUUGAGCACCACCUGUUGACUGUUGAGCUAUUACAGAAAUCUGGGAUGCUGUGAUACCAGUUGUAUAUUCUGACCUCCUGUAUAUUUGUGCUGAAGUUUGGCCAAAUUUGACAUAAACGUCAAGGAAAAGUGAACCAUUUCAGCAAGCGAGGAGGAAGAAGAUGAGAACCCCAGACUGCCCCCGUCGGAUUUGGUUUCUAGCCUGUAGGGUUUGAGCUCCCUCUGUAUCAUCAUACCUCUUCAUCGUAAGUGAUUGAAGCUGUCAGCAUGAUCUGGCCUCUUUGAGAAGGUGGUCUUAUGCACAUGUCAGUCAUUUUCUGUUUUCUUCUUCUUUUUUUUAAUGUUUAUUUAUUUUUGAGAGAGAGAGAGAGAGAGAGAGUGCGCACGCACGCGCGUGCAGUGGGGGAGGGGCAGAGAGAGAGGGAGACACUCUCAUGGGCUCAAACUCAUGAACCGCGAGAUCGGACGCUCAACCGACUGAGAGACCCAGGCACCUGUGAGUCAUGGGUAUUUUCUCUAAUUUUUUAAAAAAAUUUUUAAUGCUUAUUUGUUUUUGAGAGAGAGCGUGCAUGCGCAGUGGGGAGGGGCAGAGAGAGAGGGAGACACAGAAUCUGAAGCAGGCUCCGGGCCCUGAGCUGUCAGCACAGAGCCCCACGCAUAGAGCCUGACGUGGGGCUCGAGCUCACAAGCUGUGAGAUCAUGACCUGAGCCAAAGUCGGACGCUCGACCGACUGAGCCAUCCAGGCGCCCCUCAGUCACUUUUUCUUCACAAAGCAGGGGUAAGGGUCUGUUUGUAUUUAAGCCAAUGGUUUUGCGGGUUUUUUUUAAGUUUAUUUAUUUUUGAGAGAGAGAGAGAGCAAGAGCGAGCAGGGGAAGGGCAGAGAGAGGGAGAGAGAGAAUCCCAAGCGGGCUCAGCUCUGUCAGCACAGAGCCUGUCGGGGGGCUGGAACUCACGAACCGUGAGAUCAGGACAUGAGGCGAGAUCAGAAUUGAGUCGGAUGCUUAAGCAUGGAUGCAGCCACCCAGGCGCCCCACCCAGUGGUUAGUUCUUAACAGACACUGCAGGACACCAGAGGUUGUUCUCUUCUCUGGGGUCCUUCCUCGUUUGCAUUGUAACCCUUCUGGGCUUCUGUCCUCAGCAGCCCUCUGUGCAGGUGGCCUUUGAAUCCUGGGCUUCGGUAAGAGGAAGCUGUCAGUUAUAGAAAAAGUAGGGGUUUUUUUCCCCUUAAGGAAAUAAAAAAAAAAAGAGGGAGUUUUCUAAUUGUUUUUUUCCCCCUGGAACCACCUGCCUGGCUAGAUACUAAGUUGCUGAAAGAUCUUGCAGAGGAGGGGAGGGAGGGUUGGUUUGCCAAACGGAGGGACCUAAUCUACUCUGCUCCCCGGCCCGGUUUAAAGCACCUUGCACGCCUCCCCCGGCGCUUCGCCUCGUCCUGGAGCUCCCCACCAGGCGUGUUCUGGCUCACGUCAAGGCUGUCACAGGCAGGGGCCACUCGCCACCUUGUGGUUUAGCCCAAGUUUUCUGAGCCUCCGGGCCUUGGCUGAGAUGUCACCGCCUUCAGAAAGCCUCUUCUGACUGCUCUGACCGGGUUGAUUAUAAGGCUGUGUGCUACCCCAGCCCUCUGUCCUUCUUUGUGACCCUCAGCACCUUGUAUGCUCCCCAGGGGCGGGGCCUCAUUUCCCCAUCUGCCCCUUUCCUCCGCUCGUUGCGCUCGCCCUUCUCGAAUGAGGGAAUGAGACCCAGUUCCUGCCUUCAAAGCGCUUGGACAGGGCUGACCUCUGCCCAGGUCUUUGUUCACUGGUAUUGAGGGUGGGCCCAUGGGUGUCACUUUUUUCCUCCUGUGGGGAAGGAAGAGCCACGUGACAGUGGUGGCAAACGCGAAAGAAAGAACGUUUUGAGUCAGGGGGUGUUAAGACUCGGGCUUUUCAGAAGUAACUUGGAGAUGGCUAUUAAUAACAUAUUUUGCUUUAGGCUUACCAGUUAUAUGUGUCUAAGUGUAUAUGUGUACAUACAUACGCACCGUCACUUAGUCCUUAUGCACAUACUCUGGAGGAGAUGGUGUCAUCCUGAGUUAUGAUUAUCCAGCUGUCAGACAGGUUACCCAACUGCAAAAGCUGCCCGGUGCACGUGUGAUGCAGCCGAGCCUCCAGCCCUGGCCACUGGCCCUGAGUGCAAGUGGACCCCACUCGGAGCUGGGUUAGGGGGCCUUUGGACUGGGGACAGGCAGCAAGGAGGGUGUGUGACAGGUUUGAAACCUCUAACCCCUUGAGCUGAGGCUGCUGCUGUCCGUCCCUCCGAUUCUUACGAGGGCGUCCUGUGAUGUUUUCUCUCUGCGGAUCGUACGUAGCCUUCUGGCCUGUGUGAUCUGAAGCCUGGCUCCCUGGGGUGAGUGGGGGAGGCUUGAGGUCUUUGCCAGGCGCACAGCCAGGGGCUUUGCUUUAUAAGCCGGGUUCUCGGGUUCCGGUAAGUCUUACUGUUUGGGUGCCGUCUCUGGAGAUACCUGUUGUUCUUCCUCACGAGGUCUUUCUGAGUUGGCUCAGCAGAAGAGGCAGGGCUGUGGCUCACAGGUAGAACCACCUGAUCCCCCUUGGAUGUGGACCGAAUGGCGCCUUGCACGCCUCAUGCCUUCUGAAAAAGGGAAACCCUGUGUCAGCCACCCAGAGGUGGCUUCUAUCUUAGCACUUGGGAAACUCAACUCUCCGAGAAGGCUGUGCCAGGUGGCGCGCCUCGCCUGCUGUUAGCUUGGUGUGUGGGGCUCUUUAACUCAUGCGGCGGACAGUUAUUACCUGAGCCCCUGCUGUAUGCCAGGUUCUCCGCUGGGUGCUCAGGGUGAUGACGUCUCACGGGCUGCGUGGAGGUGUGGGUGUAGACGUUGCUUUGUGGAGGGUAACUCAGUGCUGCCUUUGAGUCUGAAUGGUGCUCAGGGAGCCCUGAAGGGGUCAGCAGCAGCCUGGGGGAGGCCAGAUGGUAUUGCAGCAGCGUGUUAAAGGACGAGCAGGUGGCAGAAGGAGCUCCACGAAGAGUGAAGACCGUGUGUGCACAGGCCUGGAGGCAGGAGAGGGCCCAACAGGCUCUAAGGCCAGUGGGACACUUGUGUGCCUGUAUUGUCAGUGCCUCCUGGGGACUGGUGGCAAAGGAGACGGACCAGGUUAAAGGAGCUCGGCUUUCAUUCAGUCGCCAGCAGAUUUCCUUCUUUCUUUUUUCGCCCCAGCCUUAUUGGGUUGUAAUCGACAUACGACAUUGCACAAGUUUCAGAAGAUGCACAACGUGAUGGUUUGCUAUAUUGAAAAAUCAAAAGAUUCUUAAUUUUUAAUUAUGAAAAAUUUAAAAGACCUGUGAAAGCCAGCAGCCUAAGGCAGUGACCACAUACCCAUCCUCCCACUGCAAACUUCGCAGCCGCAGCCAGCCCUGCCUCCCCUGCGAGCCGCGGACACCAUUGCCGCCACGCACACCUCCCCCUUCCCUGCUGCUGAUCCCUUUGAAGAAAUCCCGGAGUGACGUGUGUAUUCUCUCCAGCCUAGCCUGUGGCUUGUGAUAGAUUACUCUAGGUCUGGAGUGACGGGGUAGCCCUUUGUGAUUUUGUUUCAUUUUCAGAGGAACCACUAAGUUUCCCUUCUUGGUCUUGCCUUUCAGUGGGAAGUUGGUGUCUCCAAAGUGGAAGAAUUUCAAGGGCCUGAAGCUGCAGUGGAGAGACAAGAUACGGCUCAACAAUGCCAUCUGGCGGGCGUGGUACAUGCAGUAUUUGGAGAAGCGCAAGAAUCCCGUGUGCCACUUCGUCACUCCACUAGAUGGCUCUGUUGAAGUGGAUGAGCAUCGCAGGCCAGAGGCCAUCACCACAGAAGGAAAGUACUGGAAGAGCCGCAUUGAGAUCGUGAUCCGGGAAUAUCACAAGUGGAGAACCUACUUCAAGAAAAGGCUGCAGCAGCACAAGGAUGAGGACCUGUCCAGCCUGGCCCGGGAUGAUGACAUGCUUUAUUGGCACAAACGUGGGGACGGAUGGAAGACCCCGGUGCCCAUGGAGGAGGACCCACUGCUGGACACAGACAUGCUCAUGUCAGAAUUCAGCGACACCCUCUUCUCCACACUUUCCUCUCACCAGCCGGUGGCCUGGCCCAACCCCCGGGAAAUAGCACAUCUGGGGAAUGCCGACAUGAUCCAGCCGGGGCUCAUCCCCCUGCAGCCCAACCUGGACUUCAUGGAUACAUUUGAACCUUUCCAGGACCUCUUCUCUUCCAGCCGCUCCAUUUUUGGUUCCGUGCUGCCUGCUCCUGUCUCAGCACCUGCACCGGAUCCCAACAGCCCACCUGCUCAGGAGAGCAUCCUGCCAGCCCCUGCUCUCCCCACCGUGAACCUCCCUGACGGCCUCAUUUCGCCUCCUGCGGCCACCACCCUAGACCCUACGGAUAGGCCGGGAUGCGAUCGAGCUCCCCGACCUGGAGACCCCUUUAUCCAGCCUACAGACUUCGGUCCCUCUGCACAGCCUCUGAGCGUCCCCCAGCCUUUCCUCCCGGUGUUCACCAUGCCCUUGCUGUCUCCCAGCCCUGCCCCGGCGCCUGCUUCCCCUGCUCUGCCGUUAGCCCCACCCCCGGCCACUGCCUUGAGCCCCCUGGCUCCACCCGCCUUCCUGCAGCCGAAGUUUGCUGGAGCCAGCAAGUCGCCCUCCGUCAUCACGCACACGGCCUCCGCCACCCUCACCCACGAUGCAUCUGCCACCACCUUCAGCCAGAGCCAGGGCCUUGUCAUCACAACCCACCAUCCCACCCCCUCGGUGUCACCCUGUGGCCUGGCACUGCCUCCAGUCACCCGGCCUCCAACCGCUGGGCCGUCUCAACCGUGUUUAACUUUUGUGCAACCCAAACCGGUCUCCUUGACUGGGGGGAGGCCCAAGCAGCCCCCCAAAAUAGUGCCUGCUCCCAAACCUGAGCCCGUGUCCUUGGUAUUGAAGAAUGCUUGCAUCGCCUCAGCUGCCUUUUCAGGACAACCUCAAGCAGUGAUUAUGACAUCAGGCCCUCUGAAGAGAGAAGGGAUGUUGGCUUCUACUGUGUCCCAGUCCAAUGUGGUCCUCACGCCUGCCUCCAUCGCCCGGGCUCCUGGAGUCACGGAGUUCCACAGUGGCAUCCUGGUGACAGACCUCGGCCAUCCCACGAGCAGCCAGCCAGCCCCUGUCUCUCGGCUCUUCUCUCCAGGCACAGUGCAAGAGUCCCUGGUGAAGGGAGAGCAGGCCUCUGCCACGGGUCCCAGUCGAGAUUGCCCAAACUCAGGGCAGGCCUCUCCAUGUGCUUCAGAGCAGAGCCCCAGCCCCCAGUCUCCCCAGAACAACUGCUCAGGGAAAUCUGCAGACCCCAAAAAUGUGGCUGCUUUAAAGCAGAACCGGCAGAUGAAGCAUAUUUCAGCUGAGCAGAAAAGGCGCUUCAACAUCAAGAUGGGCUUUGACACCCUUAACAGUUUGAUCUCUAAUAAUUCCAAGCUGACCAGCCACGCCAUCACGCUGCAAAAGACCGUGGAGUACAUCACCAAGCUGCAGCAGGAGCGGAGCCAGAUGCAGGAGGAAGCCCGGCGGCUGCGGGAGGAAAUCGAGGAGCUCAACACCACCAUCAUCUCCUGCCAGCAGCUGCUCCCCGCCACAGGAGUCCCUGUCACCCGGCGCCAGUUCGAUCACAUGAGAGACAUGUUUGACGAGUAUGUGAAAAGCCGGACCCUACAGAAUUGGAAGUUCUGGAUUUUCAGUAUCAUCAUCAAGCCGCUGUUUGAGUCCUUCAAGGGGAUGGUGUCCACCAGCAGCCUGGAAGAACUGCACCGGACGGCACUGUCCUGGCUGGACCAGCACUGCUCCCUGCCCGUCCUCAGGCCAACGGUGCUGAACACCCUCCGGCACCUGAGCACCACCACCUCCAUUCUGACAGACCCGUCCCAGCUGCCGGAGCAGGCGGCAGAGGCUGUCACCAGAAUUGGCAAGAGAUCGGGGGAGUCUUAGCGCCUAGCAGGCACGUGGCCGCGCAAGAUGCCUCGAGGCUCUUCCCUGCCUGCGGAGAGGAUGCUGCACCCCAUGCCUCUCCUGAUGCGGAGCUCAGGGCCCCCCUCCAACUCCGCUGGCCCACCGGGCCGCUCAGAACACUGUGCUCAGGUCUGAAGCAGGUUCGGGUCCUGCCAACAGCAAUAGCCCAUCUUUGGGAACCCCUUGCUGUGAACUCUCACUCAGCGACCUCAGUCGUGACCUCCCCUGCCCUCGGGCAACCCAGACAAAGUCCUGUCCUGCUGGCGGCCUGCCAGGCCCAUGGUGCCGGUGCAGGGAGUAGAUGGGACAGAAGGGGCAGGGCCUGCUCCUGUGAGCUAUCAGAGGCAUACGGUUCCUCUCCGGUUCUGUCCUCAGACUGAGAGAUACUCGCUCCUGUCACCCCUGGGUACUCGGACGGCUCCGAGUGACUCCUGUGCCACUCUGACAUGCCCACGGGGCAGGCGGAAGGCGUCUCUCUCCCUCCCUCAGACUCUGACCUUGUAAGUAGGUUUGGACGGCUGCUCAGGCUUGCGCACGGUAGGCCGCCUCCCACCGCACGAGCCACCAGGGAACCUCAGAACCCGUGUGCACAAGUGGUGGGUGUGAAUGCACGCGGGACAAGAAGGAAAGCACGAGCAAUGCAAAGCUGCCGCCCUGGCUUAGAGACCCCCUCGGGCGGCACUGUGGUCUGGGAGUGACUUCGUUCUGCCUGGCGUUGUGAUGGCCACACGUCGCUGACUUGAAACCGUGGCAGGGACUCGGGUGGGGCCUCCUCGGGCAUCGCCUCGCUGCAUGGCCCUCGUUCUCCGCUUGCUUCCGAGCCGUAGCCUCGGGUAAGCCAGCAGUGUUCCGUGGAUGCGUACAGCCCCCAGGGUGGAGCGUCUGAAAGGCCAGACUCCACGGUGCCGUCAUCGGUCCGGUCAUCUUGGCCGGAUUGUUCAGCCAGGAGCCCCAAACCGUAACAGUUCUCGGACCAAAGAUGUCACCACACCCAAAGUCUGUCCUGUCUCGUGUUUGGAGGAAGAAAUUGAGUGUUGACAGGCAGAACUCUGAGGCAGCCAGCCUUCGAGCUGUCUCUGGGCACCUCCAGAUCAGGCAGUGAAGAGCUACACUCGUAUUUGAUCAAGGUGGAGGGAUAUCGGGGGGCCAUGGCCUGCUUCCAAACAUGGGAACUGCAGCUGGGGCGUCCAGGCCCGUCCAGGCCCGUCCUCUUGCUGUACCUGUCGGAGGACCGCGGACGGAAGGGCGGGCGCUCACUCUAACACUCAGGAAGCCCAGCCCAGGGUACCUUCUUGUUGAAAGAAUGUGCUUCUAACGUUCUGCUGUGAAGUUCGGAGGGUUAGUGAACUUCCCAUUCAACCUCUGUCCUCCCGGCCAGAGAUGGAGCCUGGGCGGUGCUGGGCAGGCUGGAAAUCCUGGGGCGAGCUUUGCAGGGGCUCCGAGGGCUGCCUCCUGAAAUGUGGGUCCAUUUGGAGGCUCCCACUUCUUCCUGGAGGCCCGCUGAAGGCGCUCGGGGGCAGCCAGCCCUGCCUCGGCCUCGGCUGAUGGAGAGCAGAGGGGGCGUCCUCUCCCUGCUGCCGUCGCUGCCGCGGGUCACCGACCAGCCACCUGUUCCCUCAUCUGUCCUUCAGCCUCACGGAAGAGCAGCCUGGCGGCGUCCCUCGGCCUACAGCGGAAAAACGUGUUUACAGGCCUUCCAGAUCACUUCCCUCAGGGGUGAGCACACAAAGCUGGGCUAAUCCUUAAUAUCCACUGGGAGGUGGUAAGAGAACUUGCCCUUCACCCCAGGACAAACGUGAAGUCUCCCUUCAAAAGGGAGAAGACCACCACGGUAAGAACUCAUUACGGUCAAAAGGAAAACCACAUGAUGUCCCCAGCUAUGAGGGCUCGUGGAGGGUCAUGAGCUCAGUCCCUUCCACAGUUCCUGUGCCUUUGUAAACCGCGUGGAUGGCCACAGUGCUUGGCCCACCAACACCUCUCCUGAAUUAGCAGCCUUCCAAGCACCCCGUGCUGGGAGUCUUUUUUUUUUUUUUUUUUUUUCUUUAACUCCGUGGGAUAUAAAAUUGGCCUCCUGCUUCUUUGGCCUACCUCUCCUCCUCUCCCUUUUGCUGAAUUGAUGUUCAUGUUUCUGUUUUGUUGAAUAUUUAAGGCUGUUGGUCACGUGAGACUUUGAGGUGUGUGUGUGUGUGUGUGUGUGUGUGUGUGUGUGUGUCCUAGCAGACUGUUAACUAGAUGCAUGUUUUUGUUUCGAGAUAAUUACUUAAAUCCAUUUCUCUUGGUGCUCACAAUUACCACGGCUGUAGGGCCACAAAGCUGUAUCUCUUCUCACAGACACGAUUGUUUCUUGUCCCAGAAUCAUUUCUUGUUUUGGAAUCUUGCUCAAUGAACAUGGCCAGAGGGGCCCAGCCAGCGUGCAGGGACAGCGAGACCACUCUUCCAGCAGCCUCCAGUGGAUGCUGACCAUGGGGCUGUGCUUUGUUUACGCUCAUUUCCGCCCCUGCUCCUGCCUCUACUCCCAGAAAAGAAACAUUAAAAUGCUGACGCUUUGGAGAAUUAGAAAAACAAUCUGAAAAGGCGGGGCGGGGGGGGGCGGGGAGCCCAUCUGGCACAUAAAUCUGAAAAGCAUUUCUGUGAAAUCUUUCUGUGCCAUCAGUUCCCUUCACACUGCUGCGUGCUCUGUCACAAUGAAUGGGACACGGAGGGACAGGGCAGGUGCCGCCGUGGGGCUUUCUGAGACUUGGCGGGCUGUCCCUCCGUCUCUGGCCUCAGGUGGUUCUGCACCAGCAGUCACCCUUCACCCACCCAGGAUGCUUCAGCCCGUGCACCCUGGCUGCCGUCCAGCCGUUUUUCUCACACUGGAGCACUGGUCCCGGCAUCAGACGUUAGCGUUGAUGAGAUGCUAACAGGCAUCACGGGCUCUUGUCAGGAGGAAGGAACCCCCGACGCUGCCCUGUUCCUGGAGCCUCUGCAAGAAGAGGUCGCCCAUGUGUCCUUGGGCACCCGCUUCCUCGGCUUCCUGUCCUUGUGACCUGACCCCUUCCCCUUGGUAGAGGUUGGGCCUGAAGGUUUUUCUGUUCUGGCCAAUAGAAAGAUAAACCUAGACUGUGAGGGAGCGUGGCACCCCACGGUGGUGCCGGCCCCCUUUGUCUCACCCCAGGUGAGGGUGUGCAGUGGUGAGUGACCCGAGAACUAGAAGAACGAGAAGUGGGUUUGUGGUUUCCAGGCUCACAGGCUGUCACAGUGUAGCUGAAGCAUGCAUCUGCAUGGGGCCGGGCUAUCCUCGACGGUCUUUACCCGGCUGCUCACGGCCCCGCAUGCCGGGUGCAAGCUGGCCCUCGCGCUCUUCUCUGUCUGGUGGGAAGUUACCUUUCCCUAGAGAUACCCUGCUUCCCAUUACGCACUUUGCCACUGGUGACACCCGCCCGCCGCUCACCGGGAUUUAGCUGUGCCAAGUGUUCCUGCAGUCGUGGUCUCGUCGAGGGAGCUGGGUGCCCUGAUGUGGGCACCAUGGCAGCCGUGGGCCAUAGUCUGUGCCACAGUGUCCCAGUGCCUCGUACGUUCAAGAGAAUCUUCACCACGUCUGAACACGGACAAAGGGAGAGGAGGGUAGGGCUAGAGAGUGGAAGAGCUUGGACGCUCAACACGUUUGUACCGUUCAGUAGUAGUCUCCUUGGCCUUGAACCCGUCUGAUCGGAGAGGCUGCGGGAUCAAGGAGAGGCCUUAGGACCUACCGUGCACAUCCACAGCUGCUCCAUUCUCUUUUCCUUCCGAGGACUUGGCUUUCCUGGCUCAUCACACGGGGGUUCUGUUUCCUUGUCGGGGUUUUUGCGAAAAUCAGCCUUUGAGAAAAGAAAAGGGAACUUUUCAUGUUGAAUGUUGGCUUUGACUCUGUGUGUGUGUGUGUGUGUGUGUGUGUGUGCGCGCGCGUGUGCGUGUGCAUGUGCUUGCACAAGCCUGCCUGCGUGCAUUUACUUAAUGGAAUUUUAUUUUUGUGAAAUUCCUUCCCAAGUAUGUAGCAAAAUUCACCUCCAUCUCCCAGUCAGACUUUUGGUGCCAUAGUCAACCCUGGGCAUCACUCAUUUGAAGAAUUCUUUUCUCGGUUUCUGAACAGAGGUGUGCUACUCGCAAGGCUUGAGGUUCUGGAAGGUUAGGAGACACUGACACAUUUUUCCAUAGAGUUUACGUCCUACAGUUGAAGGGUCUGAAGGGCUCUGGCUCAGGAGACAUGACUCCAGGCUGUGUCUCUCCCAAGGGAGCUUGAACACAGCCCGUCCCCUACAACGCCCUGCUCUCUCUGUACCCGAACCUUCUCGGACAGCCCUCAAAAGGAAACCGGAUUCAUCUACUCACUUUGUAACACCACGGCUGAGCCACCAUGUCCUCUUCCUAGUGUACCUGGCUCGUUUUUUCUGUUGUGAGCUCUGGUGAUUGUGUCAGGGCUCCAUUAGGAGGAAGUUUCCUCUCGUGGUCUGAAAAACAAAACCGGAGAAGAGCCUUGUUAAUCAGAGGCUCCCUCAGGCCUGUGCCAUCCAGAACACCACCCCUCAUGCUCCGCUGUUGAGAAGCACGUUUCCACCAGCUGUAUUCAACACUACAAUGCAGUUUUAAAACUAUAUUUGCAUCCGAGACAAUAAAAAGCUGUAUUUUUUUGAAAA